AUGCAUUCACUUUUUUUGCCAGCUCUUUGGGCGAUAUCCUGUCUUUUUUUCGGCCUAACCCGCACAGCCCCGGAUAACUCCCAGUUCAAAGUUCAUUCCUUGCCAGAUAAUCCUACGCUGCCUUCCAGCUGGGCUGGUCGACUUCCAAUUCCCAAUACUGCGCCGGGCAACGCUCUGUUUUUCUGGUUUUUCCAGACUGAAGAUCCUGUAUACGAUGACAAUUUACUCAUCUGGUUCAAUGGAGGCCCCGGUUGCUCGUCCUUGAUCGGACUAACGACAGGGAACGGGCCAAUUUCUUUUGAAGGAAACUCGACUCGCGCUACUGCGAAUCCAUACGCAUGGACCAAAUUCGGCCAUCUCCUGUACAUCGAUCAGCCUGUUGGGACAGGCUAUUCGACUGCGAGCUAUCCGUACCCGGCAGUUGACAAUGAGGUUGUAACUUCGCAGUUCUAUGCCUGGUUGCAAUCCUUCUUUGGCCAAUUUCCCCAUCUUCGAUCAAAGCAUGUACACAUGAUGGGAGAGUCAUGGGCAGGGAUAUACGUACCAUACUUUGCAUCCGCCAUAGUCGAGAAUCAGGUUUCGUUUCCCAUCAAUCUUCGUUCCAUAACGCUUGGUGAUGCAUCAAUCGGCAACCCAGCCGCAAUGUCUACAGUGACGAUUGGGAAGUUUCUGGAAUCGCAUCAAUCCCUUCUCCGGAUACCCGAUGAAGUUCUAGACGUUUACCGGGAAGCAGGUGAGACAUGUGGCUUUGAAGAGAUCCUGGAAAAAGUAGCCCAGUUUCCCCCGGAAAGUACUAUCCGUAUUCCUGGGAAGCCAGAGAACCUCAAUUACAAGCAUCGGCGCCAGCAGCGUCUGCGUCGUGAUCUCAACGAUGUAGCCAAUGGGUCCUGCAACAUCAAUCCAACAACGCCGGAAGAGGUACGAUUGUCCAUCAUGCAGUCCUCCUGCUAUGGGCGCUGUGCAACUUUUGCAACUGCAAUGGACUAUUUGUCUUCAGUGUCCGCCUCUGGGGUAGGCAAACCGUGCUUCGACGUGUAUGACAUCAGCCACGACUGUAGCACAGUCAACUCACUGCCCCUUGUCUCUUCGUACUUCAGCCGCGCCGACGUCCAAGCCGCACUGAACAUCGCAAAAAGGCCUACAUCAACGUCAGCGGCUGAUGCUGAAAGUCCAGCACCAUCGCCGUCAGAAUACGCAGCCUGUAACUCCACAAUCCUCGACAUCCUCCUCGGUAGCCAAUCUCCUCGUGCGCCCGUCUACUCCAUUCUUCCGACUUUGGUCACGUCACACAACAUUUCCCUCCACAUCUACUUCGGCGAGUACGACAUGCUCCUUAACCACUACGGCGCCGAGCUCGCGCUGCAGAAUAUGACCUGGCACGGAGCCCAGGGCUUCUCUCAACCAAUCAACCGUCCCUUCUACUCCGAUAACGCCGCACCUUUCCUCUCCCGCCAUCCCCGCGGCAGUAGCGGCAGCAGAAGCAGGAGCAGAAACAGUACCUCAAUCACAACUACCCGCACGCAAGACAGCUACAACGGUGCAUCAUCAUCGCAUAAACCCCCACGCUCCAACGCCAGAAAUCCCAAGCCAGUCGAAGCGUGCCCUGUGCCCGAGGCCGGGAAAUGGGCUUCGGAGCGCGGUGUAACAUACCACCUGUUUUGGGGCGCGGGUCACAGUGUCUUUGCAAGUAAGCCACGUGAGAUGUUUGCUUAUGUGAGGGAUGUUGUUGUCUCCGAUUGA